AUGGAAAAUACAACUAACGAAAAUGAUGCAAACCAGUCAUUUAAGUCACCACCAAGGCGGAGGCGUUCAACAUUUUUCGAAAGACGUGAUUCAAUUGCUCCCCAGACAUACUGUGAAAACACUGAUCCAAAUGUCUGUAAGAAAUUGAACGAUGUGGAUGUAAAAAAUAACGAAGAUCUUAUAAAAUAUCAUGAUAAACUUUUGGUUGAAAAGGAGCAAUGGAAAACUGAAGUCAAGAAUAGACGAAAUAAAUAUCACGACCUGAGACAACAGUACCAAAUGACAACAAAGGCACCAAGCCGGUCCAGGUUAUCAUAUUCAUCAUUAUCAAAUGAAGAUAUAGAAUUUUUGAAAGCCAAGGUAAAUAUUUCAAAACUUGUGGAUAGCCAGCUGAAGUUACAAAAUAGUGUGAAAGAAACUCAAGAGUUAUAUAAGAAAGCGAUUGAACUUGAUAAUGUGUUAUUAAGUCACUGUGAACAGAAGGUAAAUGAAGUGACAGAUUUCAUCUUAGAAAAUAGUACAAUAGAC